UUUUCUCUUCUCUUGAGUUACACGAAAUGAGAGAGUUGUGUGCACAAAUUUCAAAACAAACCGAAAAGCACUUCAUUAUCUCUGCGUAAAAGCUUUAUAAAUCCCACACUACUACAAUUCCAUUCGAAAACAAAAUUCUCUCUGAAAUUCAAUUUAGGUGCCAGUGAAAUGGAGCUUUCUUCAGUUCGCUCUUCUUUGGACAUCGCAAUAGAAGUUAGUAAAUAAUAUGUCCGGGAACCCCGAAAACAACCAGUUUAACGAUGACGAAUUGGUGCCACCUGAGUGGCUCAACUCCGAGUUCAUAGCCCGCGUUUUGGAAGGCCAUGAGCUGGAGCCCGUGGUCAAGGUUCUCGAUUUGACCUUCUCCCCGGCGAGUGCGAAGGGAGAUCACUAUGCCAGCAUCAUGUUCCGGGCAAGGGUGAAGUAUACCAACCGGAAGGGGGAGUUCCAGAAGUCGCUGAUCAUCAAGACAAUGCCAGAGGCAGAGGGACACAAAAAGGAUAUGCUCGGAGGAUCUCCCAUAUUCGAAACGGAGAUGGGAUUGUACACAAAGGUGCUGCCCGAGUUUGAGAGGAUCCUUCGAGAGGUCGGCGAUCACACCAAGCUGUAUGUGAAUUGCAUAUACCACAGUUUGGAGCCGCAUCAGGUACUGAUCUUUGAGGAUCUGGUCGAGAUGGGUUACAUUGUGCUACGGGAUCGGGACGCCACCUUAGAUGAGAUACGCAGCGUCUACUUUAAACUGGCCAAGUGGCAUGCAGCCAGCUUGAAAGUGCAGAAUGAGCAACCGGAGUUCCUAGAGUCGUACACCCACGGACUGUUUGAGAUGCCACAUCUCCUGAAUGAUCCCUUUAUGAGAACUGGAAUGGAAUUCUUCGUUGAACUUUUGGCUAAGGAGCCGGAGCUGAAUAAGUACAAGCCGUACUUCGAAAGCAUCAAGGGCGACUUCCUAGAGCGACUUGUUGAAGAGUGGAAGGACAUUCGAAGGAGCCAGAAAAUAGGCGAGUACUGGGUACUUUGCCACGGAGACCUACACCUUCGAAACAUUAUGUUCAAGUAUAAGGAUACUGGAUCCUUCGAGGACUGCAUGCUGCUGGACUUUCAAAUCAGCAAUCUCUUUCCCUUGACAUUCGAUCUGGUCUAUUCGAUUUACAUGCUUUUGGAGCCGGAGCACCGAUGGAAGAACUGGGAUGAACUCAUCAACUAUUACUUCUCCGUUCUGCAGGAUGUUCUAAAGAAGAUCGGCUAUAAAGGGGUAAUGCCAACACAAUCAGGUCUUUGGCAGCGCCUGCAUCAGCACAAGUACUAUGAGUUCUUCCUCAUUAGCACCUUCCUACCGCUGAUGUGGGCAUUGAGGGAUAAGUCCGUUGACUUUGGCGAUCUGCUUCAAAAUGAGGAAAAGCGAAGGAAAUGCUCUUUUUCUGAAGGUUACAUUAAAGAAGUCACAAUAUUGCUGGCUCGAUUGGAUCAGUUGGGCUUACUCCAAGAAUAAAAGUUUUCGAAAAAUAUUAGCUAUAAUUUCCAGUAAGGUUUAAUAAAUCAAUCCUAAGUUAAGCCCAGCACUUUCACCAUCUUCCAACUUUCUUACUCAACAGAUUCAUAAUUAAUAUCAAUUCUAUCAAUCAUUUUCUUCACUAUGCUAAGCACGUUUUUGCAAAA